AUGGAGGGGAUGCAGGCAUACGGAGCCGGGAAAGCCGGAGGAGCCUUCGACCCUGUCACCUUCUUCCAGCAGCCUCAGACCAUUCUCCGCAUAGUGUCUUGGCUCUUUUCCAUCGUGAUCUUCGGCUGCAUCGCCAAUGAGGGCUACGUCAACCCCGUCAAAGAAGAGAAGGAGUACUGCAUCUUCAACAGCAACCAGAACGCCUGUAACUAUGGCGUCUUUAUGGGCUCCAUGGCCUUCCUCUGCUGCAUUGCCUUCCUGGCUCUGGACAUCUACUUUCCCCAGAUCAGCAGCGUCAAAGAUCGCAAGAAGGCCGUGCUAGCUGAUAUCGCAGUGUCAGCAUUCUGGUCCUUCAUGUGGUUUGUGGGUUUCUGUUUCUUGGCCAACCAGUGGCAGGUGACCAAGCAUGAAGAAAACCCACUGAGGGAGGGUGGGGAUGCUGCCAGAGCAGCCAUCACCUUCUCCUUCUUUUCCAUCUUCACCUGGGCGGGCCAGUCCUUCCUUGGCUUCCAGAGAUACAAGCUGGGGGCCGACUCAGCCCUCUUCUCCCAGGAGUACACGGACCCCAGCCAGGAUGCAGCCGGAGCCCCUUACACCUCUUUCGGUGGGGACGACGUGGAGAGCCCAGAGGGAGGAGGGGGCAAGGCUAACAGCGAUGGGGCUUUCGAUGGCACCGCAGGUUACCAGCGCCAGGACUACUGA